GUACGCAGGUAUAUAUCCGUCCGAUAUAGACAAACCGCAUAUGCUGCACUAGCCAAGAGGUCUGCAGGUAAGUACCGAGGCCGUUCCUUGGUCUUCAGCCACAUUUCUCGUGCGGUUGUCGACUCGGAAAGUUCCUUCGCUCCUCUGGAUUAUCACCAAUCAAAUAUUUCGGAAACAUUUGGAAUCAACUGUAUUUACAAACUUCUCAACUAGCAAUGGCAAAUCUUACCCUCUUUUUGCUGAUCGUAAUCUGUGCCUGCGUUUUCGUCAACGCCCAAUCCUCGACCUUCGGCCAAAAACAAAACGAGGGCCAGACUUUCGAGGAGAUCAUCGUUUCCUCGGAUUUGAAUGUCCGCCGAAAAUCGAAGGAAAAUCGUCAGGGAAAACAACUUUUAACCAAUAUUCCACGGGUCACGACAGAAAAGACCGGAAGUCCAACUGUUUCCCGGCUCAUUUCGAACGACGGAAGCCGCGUUGAGCUCCAGAAAAGAAACCGCCGCAGUGAUUUUACCAAAAACAGGCUCAACUUGGGCGUUGCGGAAUACCUGCUGCAUUCUUCGAAAUGACGAGGGGAAGAAGAAAAUAAACUCAAAAGAAACAAAAGAACAAAAAUUCAUAAAUAGACAACCGCACGAUUCUCAUCCAACUCAUUUGUUAUCAAAAUAUUCGGAACUCCUGGCAAAUCAUGUACAUGAAAAAAUUGGAACACCAU